ACGUCACUGUAAACAAAUAUGGCGGACCACUGGUCGCUCUGUAGUUAGCUGGUUUAACAACUGUAGUUAAAAUACUGGGCAUGAACAAAUGUGUGUGUUUUUUAACAGACGGAACUCUGCGUCUCUUUAGUUCCUGUCGGACACGCGUGGUGGGACACCAUCAGUUCAGAGCGGACGAUUAGCUCUGCUAUCUUAGCUGUCCCUCUGAUUUUCAGCUUUUUCUAGUAAACCGGAAGCAACAAGAAAAACCCUGACUGGUGUUUUUUACCUCAGAAACAAUCAUUCUGCUAAAAGUUCCUCCUGAUGGUCAGAACAAACCCUGAAGGACUGAACACAGCUUAAAUUAGGAAGUAUUUGAUUUAACAAGACCACAGAUCAGACACUCAGUGUUGACACAGUUCAGUCAGGACUGGAUAAAAAGUCACACCUAUAGUCCAGGUUCAACACUCAGACCUGUAGUCCAGGUUCAACACUCAGACCUGUAGUCCAGGUUCAACACUCAGACCUGUAGUCCAGGUUGAUGCAGUGACCGUGAGAACAUGGAGCAGUACAGUAUUCUGGGUCGGAUCGGAGAAGGAGCUCACGGCAUCGUCUUCAAGGCCAAACACAUCGAGACAGGAGAGACGGUGGCUCUGAAGAAAGUGGCUCUGAGGCGUCUGGAGGACGGCAUCCCCAACCAGGCUCUGAGGGAGAUCAAGGCCCUGCAGGAGAUCGAGGACAAUCAACAUGUGGUGAAGCUGAAGGAUGUCUUCCCUCACGGGACGGGCUUCGUCCUGGUCUUUGACUUCAUGCUCUCCGACCUCUCUGAGGUCAUCAGGAACUCUCAGCGACCUUUGACCCCGGCUCAGGUCAAAGGUUACAUGAUGAUGCUGCUAAAGGGCGUGGCCUUCCUGCAUCACAACAACAUCAUGCACCGGGACCUGAAGCCAGCGAACCUCCUCAUCAGCUCUUCAGGUCACCUUAAGAUCGCAGACUUUGGUUUGGCCAGACUGUUCAGUGAGCAGGGAGAGAGACUGUACAGCCACCAGGUGGCCACCAGGUGGUACAGAGCUCCUGAGCUGCUGUACGGGGCCAGAAAGUACGAUGAGGGAGUCGACCUGUGGGCGGUGGGCUGUAUUUUCGGGGAGCUGUUGAACUCGUCUCCUCUGUUUCCUGGAGAAAACGACAUUGAACAGCUCUGCUGCGUCCUCAGAGUGCUGGGAACUCCAACACAGGAUAGCUGGCCUGAGAUCGUUGAGCUGCCAGAUUACAAUAAAAUCACCUUUAAGGAGAAUCCAGCCAUCCCAUUGGAGGAGAUCGUCCCUGACACGUCUCCUCAGGCUGUCGACCUGCUCUACAAGUUCCUGGUUUAUCCGUCCAAACAGCGCUGCUCCGCCAGGCAGGCUCUCCUCCAUCCGUACUUCUUCUCCUCUCCUCUUCCUGCUCACCACUCAGAGCUGCCCAUUCCUCAGAGGGGGGGCCGACCCCCCCGUCAGCGGCUGCAGGCUCCGCCCACUGACUUCUCAGUGGACCUGCCCCUGCAGAACAGUGUGGUAGACCCUGCGCUGCUGCAGAGACACGCGUCCUGCCUCUGAACAGACGACUGACUGACCAAUCAGCUUCCUAUGUCAGUGUUGAUGUUUACAAACGUUUUUAUAUUUAUUUUUAUUUAUUUUUUUGUUUUGUCUUGUUGACGUGUUUUUCUUCAGUCUCACCUGCUGAUGCUCUCCGACAGGAAGAGAACCUUCACGUUUCCUCUUUACUCAGAUCUACAUCAACAUAUUACUGCAGUGAAACAACACAAUAUGAAUAAUAAAAUCACAUGUUUAUUAAA